AUGAAUAACUAUGACCUUUUUGCCAUCCUUUUCCGCGACUUGGAACAUCCCUUUGCCGUGGACAGCGACAUCCUUGAACAAUAUUAUGCUGGCGAGGCUCCGCCUCCUGUUCCUGCUCCUCCGCAACAUCAACCUGUUCUACCCUCGCAGCCGCAAAGGCCCUCGCGGCAAGCACAACCGGGAAUACAGAUUCGUGAACAUGGGGCAUCACGUACCACCCGGAGCAGGGCAGCCUCUACUCAGGCCGGGAAACAGAAGGCAGUAGCCGAGGAGCCUCCUGAGGGGGAGUCCUCUGACGAUUACGAUGUGAGCCUUGCUGAGGUAAUUGCUGCUCAUACUUGCAAACGCGGUCGCGCCCAAAUCGCUGAAGAGGACUUUGAGGACGACGAGCCUCUGUCAAUGCGGCUGGUCCGUCAGAGGACCACUGAUCCCUCUCGCCUGAGCGAGGCUGGAUCCUCAGCCGCUGUAGAAAAGCCAACUCUCUUGCUAGUUCAAGCAUCAACUAACCCCGUGGCGCCUCUUCCGUCUCCCACAUCUAUAGAGCAUCUGCAAGGUCCUACCAUUCUAAUAACGAUCUCUGAUGACGACUCCUCGGAGCAUGAAAGUGUGGAAAGCCACUCUGAGGAUUCUGCCGCUUAUGAGGAACUGAUGACGACAGAGAUUCUCGCGGCACUAGAGGUCCAAGAGGUGAAUGAGGUGAGGCCUCUUCCUCUUGAAGACCAAGUACCAGAUAUUGACCCGACAGCUCGAGAGGAUUCUGUUUGUACCGAGGAGGUGGCUGCAAACGCUGCUGGUCUUAUCGGCGGGACAGUCGCCCCAGAGAUGGAAAAUGAUACUGACGGUGGUGGUGCCCCCCAAGUCUCGCGAACAAAUGAGACAACCGUCGAAGCUGAGGGCUCUGUGCUUGAAUCUGCUCCACUUGCCCAUGGUGAGCCGCGAGUUGAGUUUCCAGAUUCUCCCGCGGCUGAAGGGAUAGACCAACCUAUUGAAGAUGAAGAAACUGAGGAAGCUGUCCACCCUUUUGCAUUGGUGGUUCGUGAUCCUGUGGCGCCUCUGCCGCCUCCUCCUCCUCCCACAAGAUUCGAGAGACUGAUGAGGGUGUUGGAGAUAACUCCUCCUUCUGCUGUGGAUGAGGCUAAGAUGGUGCUUCACGAACAUCUGGGUCCUCAGGUAUUGGAGACAGACAUCCUCCCGCGAGUCUUGGAAGCCCUAAGGUAUCUUUGCCAGGAGAAGGCAUUGACCCUACAGCAAUUUAGUGCCAUUGACGAUCUGCUGAAUGAACUUGAUGAGGCCCGCCAAUGUCAACCGGCCGCGAACGCCCAGGCUCACGACACUCGAGAGGCUUUGAAUAGCCUCUCUCGAGAAAUGGACAUCUCUCGCGGUAUUUUAAAUGAGCGAACCAUCCGCCUGCGGGAACUACAAAUCCAAAGGUCCGACUUCAAACUUCGGAUCGAGGACCUCCAUACCGGUUUAGACUUUGUUGAAAAUGCGAUUGCUACAGAUGAAGCCCAACUUGAUGAACCUCUGGCUGCUUCUGAAGAAAUGGGCCAUCUCAAAAAGUACACCAAUCUUACAGCUCAUAUGACCACUGAAAAGUUUGGAGCAUAG